AAUCUAGGAUGAAAAACUUUUCCGACACGAAAUCAAAGUCUUCCUUCAAGUCUUCUCUGUACUUUCGGUUUAAUCUGCCUCUCACCUUCAUGUAAACUCCCCCGUAUCUUCUCUGAACCAAAACAAAAACCCUUUUGAUAAAAGCCUUCAAUAGAGUGAUCAAGGGCACAUACCAAGUUCCUUCUGCAAAAUCUAACACACAAGGCAAAAAAAAAAAAGUGUCUGAACUUUGAAGCCAUGGAUGGCAAAGUAGAUUGGUCUGAACUUCCCAUAGAGCUAUGGCCAAAGAUUGGAAAAUCUCUCGAGAACCACAUGGAUAUUGUACGGUUUCGCAGUGUGUGUGAGUCAUGUCGAUCUUCCAUGCCUCCCCCUCUUCCAAAUUCUCCUUCUUUUCCUAUGCAAAUCCCCCACCCUUUGAACCAUUCCAUAGAAACCUUGCUCAAUCAAGCCACGGUUUAUGUUAUUGAACCAACCGAUGCAAAUGGAGCCUCCAAGUUAGAGCCUUUGCCAGUUUCUUCCAAAGGGUGGUUGAUCAAGGUUGAGGAAUCAAAGAAUCACAACCACAAUCACCCCUUGACUUUGCUGAGUCCAAUAUCUGAUCGCAAAAUCGUGUACCCUCAUGGCACCAAUUCCCCCGUGUUGUGGAACUUGUUGGAAUUUCGGGUCAUUGAGUUGUGCAAAUCAUAUACCACCAAUAUCUCAUCUGCAGCAGUGAGCAAAGUUGUGUUCUUUCCCAAUUCCCCUUGGAUUGGUGCUCAAGAUUCUGUGGCUUGCUGCAUCUUUUUGGAGGGCAAGUUGGGGUUCAUGAAACAUGGGGAUGAGAAAUGGACCCUUGUGGAUAACAAGAACUUCUUCUACGAUGAUGUUAUUGUGUUCAAGGGUCAGUUUUAUGUGACUGAUGAUCGGGGUACCAUUUCAUGGAUUGAUACCUCUUCCUUGAAGUUGGUUCAGUUUUCCCCUCCCUUGUGUGGGCUUGGGGACAAGAAGCAUUUGGUGGAGUCAUGUGGGAGUCUCUACGUUGUUGAUAGGUACUACGAAAGUGAAACCUCAAGAAGAAGGAACUACGUUGGAGGACGAGAAGAUCGUGUUGCUGCCGUGGUGUGUUUCAAGGUUUAUAAGUUGGAUGAAGAGUGGGGAAAAUGGGUUGAUGUGAAAAACUUGGGGGAUAGAGCUUUUGUUUUGGGUAAUAGUUGUAGCUUCUCUGUAUCAGCUAAAGAGUUAACGGGGUAUCAAGAGAAUUGCAUCUACUUCACGGAUAUCUUUGAUGUUCGUGUGUACAACUUAGACGAUCGUAGUAUCGUGUCUAUUGAUUUUGAUCCUUGCAUUGACAAGUCCAUGUGUUCUCAUUCAUCUUGGACGAGAAUUGGACGAAACUAGCUUUGCAAUAAUGGAUCAUGAGUUUAAAGCAGUUGAAGACUUUUGUAUGGAUCCCUCUCCAUGAAGAAGUGCAGAGUGCAGACACACUACUGAGUGGCAUACAAAUGGAGUAUUGAUCUUGAUUUGUAGAAAAUCACUUUGCCCUGUUGUGUAAUUAUUGGUUCAUUUGCUGAAUGAUCCCGUGUCACGAGUUGGUUGAGAUGAAAAUCUUGAUUAACUGGUUUGUUCUCCAUGAUCUCCUCGAGUUGGUUCAAUUUGUGUUUCUACAUGUUUUAUUGCUACAAUCAAGCAUGUCUCUGGCUUUAUUCAUGAUCAAAUGAGAAUUGCAUUUUCAGUUCAUACAAA